AUGCCAUUGUCUGCUGUUUUGCUUUCUCGGGAGAUUUCUUUGUUGGUCUUCUUUCAUCGUUGCAAAUUCUACCUCCCCACGCUAUACAAAGCCUGCCCUCGAUUGUCAAGUUUACUAUUGUUCAACUUUGGCUCACGCCACUACGUGACGAUGAAGUUUCUCAGUGUUCUUGCGGGCUUCCUGGCCACAAUAACUCAGGUCCAAGCCGCAGCUGUCAUCGCUCACUUCAUGCUCAUCAACACCAAGAACUAUACUCUGAGUGACUUUGAAGAUGACUUCAAGCUUGCCAAGGAUUCACACAUCGACGCCUUCGCCCUCAACAUGGGCUUGACGGACCCUCAUACCCCCGAGGCCCUAGAGGAUGCCUUUACCGCCGCCGCCAAGGUCGGUUUCCAUCUGUUCUUCUCCUUCGACUACCUCGGUGGCUACCACGGUGGUAAGCCCUGGCCCAAGGAGACCAUCCUCGAGAUGGCAGACAAGUAUUUCAAGCACGAAGAGUACUUCAAGUACGCCGACAAGCCCGUGGUAUCUACCUUUGAGGGCACCGAAAACGCAAAGGACUGGAUCGAGAUCAAGGAGAAGACGGGCGCCUUCUUCAUCCCUGACUGGUCAUCCGUCUCACCGGAAGAGGCUCUCGCUCUCGCUGAUGGCGUCGCCGAUGGUCUAUUCAGCUGGAACGCCUGGCCUGUUGGCGACAAGAACAUGGACACCAAGGGCGACGAUGCCUACAUUUCGGCGUUGAAGGGAAAGCCCUACAUGAUGCCCGUCUCGCCCUGGUUUUACACCAACCUCCCCGGAUACAAGAAGAACUGGGUCUGGCGUGGUGAUGACCUUUGGUAUGACCGUUGGGCUCAAGUCCUGGACAAGAAGCCAGCUUUCGUUCAAAUCAUCUCUUGGAACGACUACGGCGAGUCCCAUCACAUCGGCCCCGUCCGCACUAAUGCCCUCGAAGCCUUCGAGGUCGGUGAAGCCCCCUUCAACUACGCCCUCGACCUCCCCCACGACGGCUGGCGCCAGUUCCUCCCUUACCUCAUCGACACCUACAAGGGCGCCAUAGCAGCCACCAUCACAGAAGAAGGCUUCAUGGCGUGGUACCGCGGCUCUCCGGCCCUCGCAUGCGGUGACGGUGGCACGGUUGCCAACUCCGCCAGCCAGUCGCAGCGCACCAUCGCCGUGUCCCAGGUCGUCCAGGAUAGAAUCUUCUUCUCCGCCCUCCUCACCUCCGCGGCCGAGGUCACAGUGUCCGUCAACGGGAAGUCGCAAAAGGGCAGCUGGACCGCUACCCCUGACGGUGGAAAGGGGGUGUACCACGGCAGUGUGCCCUUCACCGAGGGAGGCGAUGUCGUCAUCACCAUGACCAAGUACGGCACCGAGAUCGCCAAGAUUGAGGGCAAGAAGAUCCUGACCAGCUGUCCCAACAACCUGACCAACUGGAACGCCUGGGUUGGAAGCACCAAGGCGCUGCACGUCGACGACCCGAACCCCACACCCACGCAGACUGGCGAUGGACCCAAGAGCACCGCCAACGGCGGUGACAAGUCCGCCGCCACGGCACUGGUAUCCAAGGACCGCGCGGCUGUGUACAUGGUUGUUGCCCUUGCUAGCAUGUUCAUUGCCGGCGUGGUCUGA